CCGUCAGAUUGUUUCAAACCUGCCAUCGUAAUUCACCAUGCAGCAGCAGCAGCAGAUGCAUGUAAACAGCAGAGGGCUUGUGCUCCGUCCCGGCACGGCCGCGCCACCGCGCCGCUGGCAGCCCCUGCCGUGCCCGCAGCUCCUCUGCCGCCACCGGGGCACCUGAGGGGCAGGCAGCCUGAGCCUCCGGUGCCUCCCUGCUCCCAGUGCGGCUGGCCCCGGCGCUGGCUCCGUGUCCCGGCAGAGGCGCGGAUGUCUCUGGGCGAGCCCCGCAGCCGCACAUCUGCGGGAUGCUCCGUUGGAGUGCGCGCGUCUGCCGGGCAGCACCGCAUCGCGUCUGCAGGGCAGCACCGCAUCGCGUCUGCAGGGCAGCACCGCAUCGCGUCUGCAGGGCUGCACCGCAUCGCGUCUGCAGGGCUGCACCGCAUCGCGUCUGCAGGGCUGCACCGCAUCGCGUCUGCCGGGCAGCACCGCAUCGCGUCUGCAGGGCUGCACCGCAUCGCGUCUGCAGGGCUGCACCGCAUCGCGUCUGCCGGGCAGCACCGCAUCGCGUCUGCAGGGCUGCACCGCAUCGCGUCUGCAGGGCAGCACCGCAUCGCGUCUGCAGGGCCGCACCGCAUCGCGUCUGCAGGGCAGCACCGCAUCGCGUCUGCAGGGCUGCAUCGCAUCGCACCGCAUCGCGUCUGCCGGGCAGCACCGCAUCGCGUCUGCCGGGCAGCACCGCAUCGCGUCUGCCGGGCAGCACCGCAUCGCGUCUGCAGGGCUGCACCGCAUCGCGUCUGCAGGGCUGCACCGCAUCGCGUCUGCAGGGCAGCACCGCAUCGCGUCUGCAGGGCUGCAUCGCAUCGCACCGCACGCGUCUGCAAUAUCGCAUCGCACGCGGCACACGCCAGCAGCAGGGCAGAGCCUUUCAGCUCUACACAUCAGCAUUCCUAGCGGAAAAAAACAUUCUAGAGGAUGUGCCUCAGUGCUAAAGAGCCUGUCUGUGAGUGAGAUUCUUGUUUGAGUCACGUGUAGGUGGGCUGUAAAGCGAAGAACCAUUAUCUGUCCAGAACAGGGUCAUCUAGGGCUGUAGCCAUGGCUGACAAGGAUCAGGAUUCUGCUCCAGGACUGUUAAGUUUGAUGAUUUCCAGAGUUGAUUUAAAGGCAACUGCAAUUAUGAAAAUCAGAAAUUAUGACUGCCAACAAUUUAAAUAAAGAGAAAGCCUCUUCAGUCAAGAAAACCUGAACAAAGACCAUGUGUAAGUUCUUAGCGCUGACUGGCAAAAACACCAGUGGGUUUUUUGAGCGUUUGCCAGUUUUGUGAAAGAUACAAUACAUAACAUCUUUAGGGCCUGCAGGAAUCUCUUGUGAUUCUUUACAGUUAAACUCAUCAAGUACUGACAUUUUCAUCUACAGCAUUUAAAGAAGCUUUUCCAAGCCAAAAUUGCACAGCUCUUCAGUCUUCUCUGGUCAUCUAUUACCAUAUAUCCUUCAAAGACUAGAAUAGAUUUAUACUAAUUGAUUUAGCUCUUCUCAAAAAUAGGGCUAAUAAAUUGAACUCUCACACCUGCUACUUUUUCUUAGGCUUUCUUAGUCUUAAAAUGAGGUGGGCUUUUCCCCUCUGAAAGAAUUUAAGAUUCAUUUCUAUUACAGAGAGGAUCUCAGUUACUGGACAAUAUAAUUAGGUAGAACAAAGUCUUUUUACAAAUAGUUAUGCUGAACAAAAUAUUAACAAAAGCAGCUUCAGUAUUUCCUCCCAAUUUGAUGUGGGGUUUGUAAAGAAAAAAAAAAAAAGAGGAUCCAUAUUUAUAACUCACCUAUAAAAAUGUUUGUUUUGACGCAGCAUCCAAAUCUUGUCUUAUCUCUAUGACCUCCAACUUUUCAAGCAGGCUGUACCUCAGGAUUAAGUUCUACCCUGUUCUGGAGAAACUGGGGAGUUUUCUUAACUUAUGUGUGUUUUAGGUUACUAUUAAGAGCUCUGAUCAGCACAUCAGGGAAGGGGGGGGGGCUUCUUUUAAAACUUGUUUGUACAGAUGAGCUGAGGCUGAAUUUGCAUUUAAACUAAACAAACCUCUUUAGCAAGUAAUUUUCUUGUAUAUGACUCUUUCCAAAUGCUUCCACAGCUAAUUUUUUUUCAAGUACCCAAAACAUUACCCAUAGUUGACAUUACCCAUAGUAAUGUCAACAGACAGGUAGAUUAUUAUUGACAUUACAAAUAAAAAUAAUAAAAUAGUUUUGAGUGAAUUCUCUAAGGAGCAUUUUUUAAUUCUCUAAGGAGAAUAUGUGUGUUAUUGUUGAGAGAGCUCCUAGGGAUCCUCAAAGCAGGGAGAAUUUCUCCUUAUUUUUCAUUAAGUGUACCUGCUGUAAAUAAAUGUUUGAUGGUUUGUCUUGUGUAUUGAAUGAAAAAGAGUUAAUGUAGCUAGGUAUAUGUGUUGACUAUUUCAUUAGCUAAUUUUCACAGCUAAAAAUCCCCACCCUUUAAAGCAUCUUUUUCCUCUCUGGCUGUGCAAUAAUCUUCAGUACAUGUUAGCCUGUAUCAUGAAAGCUUAUCUUCUCAGCAAAUGAGACUUCAAGUUCUCUCUUACUGGUAAAGUAGUUUAGCUCUAUGCCAAGCUGGAAAACUUCACCCUCCCCCAGGGGUAAAUAAAAUCCCUAUAAGUAAGAGUUCAAGUUGAGCAAGUUCUUCACUAGCUACUCUUUCCAUGAGUCACACACUUCUCUUCUGCAGAAUCUGUCCAGCUCCUUGUCUCAGUGAUAUAAGAUCAACAUAAUCAAAUUACCCUUCAUAGCUGAAAACAAUACUAACCCCUAAUACUAAUGAGAAUAAAAGCCCUCUGCAGUAACAACCCAAAAUAUCUUCUUUCCUUCUGCAGUUUUUUGCACUCUCUUAUUCUUGCUGUUUUCCCUAGGUCUGGCUCUCUAAUCAAGACAACAUGCUUACCUUCUCACAUUGAUUAUUUCUAAAGUAGCUACUAAUCUUCUUAAAGUUUUUUAGUCAGGGAGUUGCUCUUCUUUUCUUAUACUUUCUGAUCACGUCUCUGUCAGGAAAUGAUGCUGUUGGCAUGUGGUCAUUCCUCGCAGCACUGCAGUGUACGAGGCUGAGACACAAACCAGCAGCAGUGUGGUGGAGGACACAGAACCUGGUUUCAAGGGCUAGCACUACCUGUUAAAGUCCACUUCUAAUUUGAAUAAAGAUUCUUAUACUGGGGAAAAGCUAAUGCUCUAAGAAUAUUGUCUGAUCCUGUAAUCAACUAGUCUUGCACAGUCUUAACAAUUAUAUACAACCAUUGUUUCCACAGCAUAAUUCCAGUGAGAACUAUAAAUAAGAAAAUGUUUUUACUUUUGUGACUUACUAAACCAGAAACACUGACUUGGAGAAUAACCUAUUUUACCCAAAGAGGGACAUAAAAUACAGUGAUUAGCAUCUUCCAGGCCUAGGUGUUAUUUUAGGAGGCUACAUGAGAAACCUUUCUUCAAAAGGAAGAAAAUAACAUUCAAAAUAACAGAGAAUGCUUAAACUGAAAAUAUGGGUGAGCAACCACGAGUUAGUUUCCAUGGUAGUGCUGAAUCCUCAUAUUGCCAGCCCAUCUGAAAUACUGUGCACAGCAAGCAGAGCAGUCCCAAGGGGAACUUUUGAUUUUUAUUGGGUAUUACGGUGAUAUAUGUACAAAGGUUUGUGUGUUGUCAAGAAAAUCUUGUCAAAGGUAAUAAUCCCACUGAACUUUCUUGGAAUGUUCUCGCAGUUUCAUUUUCCAGAAUAUCUCCAGAAGUGUAGUUGGUGAUAUACAGGCAUUAUGGAAGAUGAAUGACAUUCUCCUGACCUUCAGUAGUAGGUUAACCCACUAGAUAGCCUGUUGAGUCCAAAAGGAGUUACACCAAUAUUCUGGCUGCAUAAACCUGCAAUUUAAAGAUGUUUGAGGUCACAGGAUUAUGAGCAAACUGAAGUAACAGAAACUAUGUCACAAAACACUUUCAAUUGCAGGCAAUUGUUUUCUGUUUAUCUCUUUGUUUUACUAGGUCUUUUCCUACCUAUAUGUUUUGCGGUAUACAAAAAUGAAUUCAUUAGGAUUUUUAUGUAGGACAUGCUAAUGUACUUAGAGGAAAAAUCAAAGCCCCAUAACAAGUUUUGAUUUGUUUUGAAAGUACAAUGUGUGAAAGCCAAGGACAUGGUUUAGGUUCCCUUUUAUUGCUUUAGAGUGCUGUCUGGCUUUUGCAAACCAUAUACAUAAAUAUGACUGGAUAAUCUGGAGAUAGGAAAGCACUUGUUUAAACAUGUGCAUGCCCACAGCACCACAAUUUACAAAAACAGAGCUGGCACCAUAUUUUAACACAGAAAUUUAGGGUUGCACCACGCUUACUGAACAAUUGCUCUAAUGUUUGAAAUACAAUGGCUACACUGUUUUGUUUCCAAGUUCUUUAGGAAAAAUCAGUACAAAUUUUUUUUGGUACCAUAGUACCUCUCUAGAUACUCUAGAAAUAUAUUCAGUGUAUUAUUUCUCAAUUAGCUGUUACUUAUUAUAGUCUAAAAAAUAAUCUUCAGAUUAAAGCUUAGGCACAACUAGCUGGCACUUAGGGAAAAAUCUUUGAAAUUCAGUGGAAAUGCUUUAGUAGCCUGUGGAUUCAGAAGUGGCAGGUGGAACACAAA